AUGAAGAACGUUGUGGCUCUGAUUACUCUCAUGUGCAUAGCAUUCUCCUUUCCUCAAACUGAGGCACUUUCAACAACCUCUACGGCUCGCCCACAUGCUGAUCCUGCGGAUAGGCCGAGUAUGCCACCGACAGGAGAUGGACAUGGAGUUAGUGGAACACCACCGCCAGGCCCACCGCCGCCGGGCGUAAGUGGGAUGCCGAGUGGAAUUGCGGGACCGCUUUAG